UUCAUAUCAACGAUGAGGUAAAUCAUCCAUUCAUCCAUCCAUCCAUCCAUUUGUAUACUCAUUUAUAUUUUAUAGCAAAGUCAGCGCUUCUACCGUCAGAGACCUUGUUAACCAAAUCCAAGCUGCUUCCGCUGAAAAGCCCCGUAAGUUCACUGAAACCAUUGAACUCCAAAUUGGUUUGAAGAACUACGAUCCUCAACGUGAUAAGCGUUUCUCUGGUACCAUCAAGCUUCCCAACAUUGCUCGUCCCCGUAUGACCGUCUGUGUCCUCGGUGAUGCUUUCCACUGUGAUCAAGCUAAGGGUGCCGGUAUGGAAUUCCAAUCUGUUGACGAUCUUAAGAAGCUCAACAAGAACAAGAAGCUCAUCAAGAAGCUCGCCAAGAAGUACGAUGCUUUCCUUGCUUCCGAAGCUUUGAUCAAGCAAAUUCCUCGUCUCUUGGGUCCCGGUCUCCACAAGGUCGGUAAGUUCCCUACCCCUGUCUCUCACAGUGACUCUUUGACUGACAAGGCCAACGAAAUCCGUUCCACCAUCAAGUUCCAAUUGAAGAAGGUUCUCUGUCUUGGUGUUGCUGUCGGUCACCUCGAAAUGACUGAAGACCAAUUGGUUGCCAACAUCAUGUUGUCUGUCAACUUCCUUGUCUCCUUGUUGAAGAAGCACUGGCAAAACGUCAAGUCUUUGUACUUGAAGUCCACCAUGGGUAAGCCCCACCGUCUCUACUAAGUUAUUUUUUUUUUUCGGGUACAAUUAUUGUUUGCAAAUCUUGUUGCUAUCGAUCAGUAAGCCUUCUCUGACGGUGAACCAAGGUUUUAACUUGUUAAAAUCAUUUGGGAGCUAUCAAUAAUUUUUGUUUAUUGUGAUUGUGCAUUUAUAAAUAAAGAGAAAAAUUACUAGAGAAAA